AAUUGAGUAAUUUUAUUAAAAUUUUUUUUAAAUAGGCGUAUGAAUUUAAGUUUAUUAAAUUAAAUAGUACAAUUAUUUGCAAUCUGUAUCGGUUUUGGUCGAGCUGUUUACCAAUCGCUUGUAUGCGUUGCCAGACUAUCGCUAGUGAACUGUAAACAAUACUGCAGUGUUGCCAGAUACAUAUUCAUAAAAUGACUCAGAAGCAGUGUAAAGCUAAAUAAUUUAAUAAUAACAAUAAUAACAAAUUAAUCUUAGCGUUUCGCUAUAAAUCGUUUAAAAUGGGCUUAUUCGGCAAAACCCCCAGCAAGGAUCCCAAAGAGCAGGUGCAAGAAUGGACUCACAAAAUACGGAAAGAGGGCAAUCAGCUCGACAGGCAAAUACGCAGCAUACAACGAGAGGAGGAGAAGGUGAAACGCUCUCUUAAGCAAGCCGCUCAGAAGAAUGAUAGGGACACCUGCAUCAUUCUGGCUAAAGAGAUUGUUAACGCACGCAAAGCAAUCAAUCGUAUUUACACCUCCAAAGCGCACCUCAACUCUGUACAGAUGCAGAUGAAAAACCAAUUGUCCACGUUGCGAGUUGCGGGAUCGCUACAGAAAUCGACUGAAGUCAUGCAGGCCAUGCAGAGUCUGGUACGUUAUCCCGAGUUGGCCGGCAUUAUGCGUGACAUGUCCAAGGAAAUGAUGAAGGCGGGCAUCAUUGAGGAAAUGCUGGACGAAACCAUGGACUCGCUAGAGGACACCGAGGAGUUGGAGGAGCAGGCAGCCAAGGAGGUGGACAAAGUGCUCUGGGAAAUAACAGAUGGCAAAUUGGGCGAGGCGCCAUUGCCACCAGAAGCAACGCCCGCUGAUAAGACGCCGGCGGCAGCUACCGCAGCACGUGUUCCCGUCGAGGUUGCCGACGAUGAAGACGAGGAGGGCGAAGAGCUGCAGGAGAUGCAGAGUCGUCUCGCAUCGUUGCGUUCGUAAAUAAGUUGCCACUUGUGAUUUACAUUUUAGCACGCCCACAAUUAAUCCCAAACUAUUUAAUUCGAAUUCCCGACUCCCGACAGUGAAUCAAAAGAAACCAAAUUAAGUCAGUUCAACUUGUAUUCUAUGAUGUAGAAAGUAUCAAGUAUAUACACAAUGUUUUGGUUCACAUUGUUUUUUGUUCUAACCAUUU